GGCCGACGGUGAAGGGUGGAGGUGGCGCGCGGGUCAGCGGAGGAGGUAGCAAGCACCCGGGGAUCAGCGGCCCAUAACGAGGCUGGCGGAGGAGGAGGUGUGCUCGGGGACGCUGUAGAGUCGUGGAGGAGGCUGCGAGCCGGUGGCGGCGGUGGCCGAAGGCCAUGUUGGCUAGGGUUCUGAGGAGGAUGGAGUAGCAUCUAAUGAAUAGGGUUGUUCGCACGAAUCUCAAGCAUUGGAAGCCCAAUAACUAUAAAACUUCUGGAAGCCAUCUAGGUUCCUCGAUACUCUUUGGGCUGCACAUCAAGUCACUAUAUCAUGGGUUACGUGGGCUGUGCAUUAGCCUGCUAUCAAAUUGAGGCCCAUCCAUUUCAUACCGCGUUCAAACAUAUCAUCCAGGGUGCGCUCCUAAAAUAAAGAAAACAUUGAAUAACUAGCUUUAUUUCUUUCCUCUUCUGGCUGCUCCAUGGCUCCAUUUAGAUCCACCGAUUGGCUCCCAUCCGGCACUCCUCCACGCAUAGCAUUCCGCCGCCAAAAACCCUCCACCCUCUCCCUCGCGUUCGCACCCUGGGCUAAAACCCUAGCUGACAUGGAGCGGACCACCUCCUGUUCCUCCACCACCGGGAUCUCCUCUGCAAUCGUCAAGCAAGCCGAUGGAAGCAACAUUUUUCACCAGCGUGCGCAUGGUGUAAACCCCUUUUCGGUUUCUCCCCAGCUUCCAUGGUGGAGCCAUUCUGGAGAUGCUACUUUGACGGCGCCUCACCGAAACUUGGUGGAGAAACCUUGCCAAAGGGGGCAUGCCCAGAGUUUUUUGCCGCCGCCCUCGCUCUUCCCGCCGCCUAGCGGACUCAUCUCAGGGCCUGGCUCUGGAUCCAGGUCGGCGGUGGUGGGGGACAGCUCCCCCUCCAUCCACGGGCACGCGACAUCACAGUCGCUGCCCUCAUCCUUCUUUCUCGUGCUCGGCACGGUCGAUCUACAAGCACCGGUGGCCAACCCUUUCCCAGUGACUCAUGAUGGCCAACCAUUGCAAGGGUUGGCGCCGCCGCUGUCUAGCUCCCUCAUCUCUGCGCCUAGCUCUGGAGUCAGGUCAGCGGGGGUGGGGUACCGCUCGCACUACAUCCAUGGGCACGUGGCGAAGUCACAGUCGCUGCCCUCGUCCUUCUUCCCCGAGCUUGGCACGGCAGAUCUACAAGUGUCGGCGGCCACCUCUUUUCCAGCAGCUCUUGGUGGUCAGCUGUGGCAAGGGAUGGCACCGCCGCCGUCUGGCGGCCUCUUCUCCUAUGGCUCCAGAUCUGGGUCGGCGGCGGUAGGGGACAUCUCCCUCUCCCUCCAUGGGCACGCGACGACAUCACAGUCCCUGCCCUCGUCCUUCUCCUGCACGCUUGGCAUGGUCGAUCUACAACCACCAGCGGCCACUCCUUUCCCGGCGUCUCUUGGUGACCUGCCGUGGCAAGGGUUGGCGCCACAGCCAUCGUGGACCGACUUGGGCUUGCCCGCUUGCCCGAGCCAGCGGGGCGCCUUCUCCGGGUCAUCCACAGGCCAGUCGGCGUCGUUUGAGCAGAUCGCGGAGUGGCCGCAGAGCGAGAUGUCGUUCUUCUCGCCGGCGGCUGUCUCUGGCCCGCCGCUGCCGAGCAGCAACGACAACUGCGUCGGGUUCACACGGCCGUCAUCGAAUUAUGAGCUGCCUCCGCUGCCGCCGAGCUUGCGCAUACCUCCGCUGGAGGAGGCAAGCACGUACAGCAUGUUAAGCACUACCGGCGGGACUAUGCCCUGGCACUACGCCGACUCCUCCAUGGGCGCUGGAAGCUCCAUUCCUGCCGUGCCAAAUCUGACCGCCGGAGCCAUGAAGAUGAAGGCACCCAUGCCGCCGCUGGAGGAGGCAAGUACGUACUCCUCCAUGGGCGCUGGCAGCUCCAUUCCUGCCGUGCCAAAUCUGACCGCCAGAGCCAUGAAGAUGAAGGCACCCAUGCCGCCGUCGUCGUCCCAGGGUGUCGGUGCUGGCAGCAACAACUUCGUCGGCUUCGCGGCACAGCCAUCCUUGAAUUCCGAGCUCGCCACGCUUCGGGCAGGUCUGCAAGCACAUCUCCUGCCGGUGAAGCAGGAGCCCAUCAGCAACAAAGAAGAUGAGCUAGAUCAGGAUACUAUCCAGCACUCGAUGCCGGACAACUCCACUGCCCGUGGCCUGGUGAGCUGGGAGGCCGCGUUGAAGAUGCCGGUGGAGAGCAGGUACAAUGGCAGCAGCACCAAGGUCGCCGGGAGCACACCUUGUCACAAUUCCAACUCUACGCUAAAGCUGUCGCAGCCGCUGCCACCGUCAUCAUUAAGGGCAGGUGCUAGCAGCAGCCAAAGCCAUGUCGCAGGGGUCAUUUUCACUGAUGCUGAGAAGGAGAUCAUCAGGAAGGACAGGAGCCUGCAAGAGCUUGUGAACACUGACCCCAAGAGGGCGAAGAGGAUGCUAUCAAACCGGUUGUCUGCAGCAAAGAGAAAGGCGAUCAAGGAUAUGCACAUCCAUGAGCUCGAGUGCAAUAUUGAGAUGCUAGAGUGGAAGCGCAAAACUUUGUCUGCAGAUUUGCAAUUGAUGCAGGAGAAACAAGCUGAGCUUGAGGCACAUAACAAGGAGAUUUGCAUGAUGGUGCAGGAGCUGGAGCAGCAGGCAAUGCUGAAAGACGCUGUGACUGAAACACAGCAAGCCCAGAUCCAGAACCUGAACAAUAUUAUCAAGUUCAAUAUGCAGAGAAAUAACUGAUGGGAGUGGCUCACAUAUGAAUGAUCUACACCAAUAGAUGAGCCCAGAUAUGGUUCGAUUGAAGCAGUUACAAAUACAAGAGCAGAAAUCAGAACAUCAGCAAAGCUCAGGCACAACAGCUAUGACACAAAGAUGAUCAAUUCAUGGGCGAACAAAGCUCAGGCACCUGGACUUCUCAUUUUUUUCUCAAACAUUAGAUCUCGGAAAACAAAUAUCAUGUCUUGAAUGAAUUAUGGAUUUUAGUUUCAAUGUUAUUUUGUUAAACGUUUCUGCA